AUGGCAGGUCCACCAGGUCCUCAGGGUCCUCAGGGUCCGCCAGGUGGUGGAGGAGAGAGAUCGUGGAAUCCACAAAUGGGAACGAAUCAGAUGGGAAAUUUCAGGGUCCUACCAGCUAAUAUGGCUGAUAGUUUACGCAGCAGAGCUAGGAUGUUUAGUAACCAGGGAUUUUCGCAGGGGAACCAAGGUACUAUGUUGCCAUUUGUAGGUGGACAUUCACCUGGCGGGAACAUGCCUUCCGGCCAGACAGCAUUCGGAAGUGAUGUGCUGGAUCUUAGUAACAUGCCUAACUUCUCGGAUCGAUUCGGGCUCGCAUGGGGAAACGAAUUAUUAAGGCAGUUAUCACCACAACAAGACAGCGAAACGCCAUCGUCUUUUGGGGGUUCAGGCUCUGGAUCUAAUACAAACAGCAACACGAAUCCUCAACAAGGUGGACAGACAAAUAACCAACCAAACGCUGGUCAACGCGGAUUCGGGAACAUGAUGUCACCCAAUGGUAUGAUGCCACCGAAUGGGAUGAUGCCUCAAAAUGGUAUGAUGCCUCAAAAUGGUAUGAUGCCUUCAAAUGGUAUGAUGCAUCCUAAUGGGAUGAUGCACCCUAACGGGAUGAUGCCCCCUAAUGGGAUGAUGUCAUUUGGACAGCAGAUGCCAUUCCCUGGCAUACCUGACAUAACGCAAAUGAAUCAACAAGGCAACCAAAUAACACCACCCCAAAACCAAGGCCGGAAUAUCCCUGGAAUGCAAACUGGACAGACGCCUUCAGGCAUAAUGUCAGGAGCUUCAAAUAAUGGAUUUCCACAGUUUGGCGGUGGAAAUACAAAUGCUAGAACACAAAAUUCGAAUUCUCAAGGUCAGUUCCCUCCACCCUGGUUAGGUUCCGCACCAAAUAUGUUUGGAAACUCAUUGAAUUCGCAAGGAAAUCAAGGACAAGUACCCGGAAUGAAUGGAAAUAUGGGGACAAACGCUAUGCCCGGUGGAAACGGAAUGUCAGGAAUGUCGGGAAUGAAUGGCAUGCCGGGAAUGAAUGGAAAUGGAGGCACAAAUAACAUGCCUGGUACAAAUGGAAUGAAUAGCAUGUCUGGAAUGCCUGGAGUUAAUGGAAUGCCCGGAAUGAAUGGAGCAAUGCCCGGAAUGAAUGGAGGAAUGCCUGGAAUGAAUGGAGGAAUGCCUGGAAUGCCCGGAAUGAAUGGAGGAAUGCCUGGUAUGAACGGAAUGCCGGGAAUGAAUGGAAGACCCGGUAUGCAGGGAAUGAACGGAGGACAAGGAAAUAAUAAUAUGCUGGGUAACCCAAUGAACAAUAUACCAGGUGGAACGAAUGGUAUGACAGGAGGAAUGAACAAUAUGCAAGGCGUAAGGAAUGGAAUAUUAAGGGGGAUGAGCGGUAUGCCGGGCGGGAUUAAUAGCAUGCCAGGUGGAAUGAAUAAUAUGCAAGGAGGACCUAAUGGUAUGCAAGGAGGGAUGAAUGGCAUGCCAGGUGGAAUGAAUAAUAUGCAAGGACGACCUAAUGGUAUGCAAGGCGGUAUGAAUGGAAUGCCGACUGGAAUGAACAAUAUGCAAAGUGGAAUAAACGGUAAUUCGGGUAACAUGCAAGGUGGUAUUCCGCCAAAUACUGGCAUGCUAGGAGGAAUGAAUAAUGGCAUUCAAGGGGGAGGUAUAAGUAACCCGUCUGGAAUGCCGGGAAUGAAUGGAAUGCCGGGAAUGAAUGGAAUGCCAGGGAUGAACAGCAUGCCAGGAAUGAAUAGCAUGCCAGGGAUGAACGGCAUGCCAGGAAUUAAUGGCAUGCCGGGGAUGAAUGGUAUGCCGGGGAUGAAUGGAAUGCAAGGAUCCAAUCAGGGAGGAAACAAUCAAGGCAAUAAUCAAAUGCCUGGAUUCCCAAAUUUCAUGGGCAAUCCCCAGGGUAACAUGGGUACGAAUAACCCUAUGCAAGGAAUAACUCCUAGUGGUGGCAUGCAACCAGGGAACAAUCAACAAGUAGGUUUUCAGCCUCCGCAAGGGGCUCAAAACCAACAAGCAUUCAACCCAAAUCAGUUUCAACCUCCAUUUAUCGGGAUUCCACCACAAGGUGGGACUGCUGUUCAGGGCAGUGUUAAUAGUCAAGGAAGUUCAAAUGGAUUACCUGGACCAUUAUCUUUUCCUCAGAAUCCAGCUGGCGGGACUUCUAGUCAACCUGGCGGAGCCUUGCAGUUUCCAUUAGGAGGAACGCCUGGUCAGAACCAGUUUGGCACAGGUUUAAAUGGAUUGGCUGGAACAAAUGCGGGGACGUCGUCUUCUACAACAGGCACAGGUAAUAAUCAACAAGGAGAUAGUGACAUGGUCACCACGAUAACUGAUAAUGACGGACGGGUUUUAUGGCGAAGUGACCGUCAUGUUUCAAGGACAGAAAUUAUGCAGGCAAUCCGAAGGCUCGCCAAUAAUGACAAUAGCUCGCCAGCUGCUGCUGCUGCUUCCGCACUACCGUCUGGUGCUCAGUUUCUUGGUGGCAGCGGUGAGACGAGUGCUGCUUCUAACCCAGGUCUAGAAUCAGGGGCUGCUAGUCAGAAUGGUAUCUCCUUUGGAACAGUAGGUUCUAGUACUAAUCCAAUCCAAAAUUUCCCAUUUCAAUCUACACCAAAUCAGGUUGAUCCGAUGAGUACUACAGUUCAUAACUUCAUGGACAAUCCGAACCGACCGAAUCCGUCAGCAGGUAUGUCAACAGUUUAA